AUGUUGAUAUUAGAUGAAGCUGAUGAAAUGCUUAAUCUUGGUUUUAAAGAACAAAUUUAUGAAGUUUAUCGUCAUUUACCACCUCAAACUCAAGUUAUUCUUGUUUCAGCAACAUUACCACAUGAAAUUCUUGAAAUCACAUCAAAAUUUAUGACAGAUCCCAUACGUAUAUUAGUUAAACGUGAUGAACUAACACUUGAAGGUAUAAAACAAUUUUUUGUUGCUGUCGAACGUGAAGAAUGGAAAUUUGAUACAUUAUGUGAUUUAUAUGAUACAUUAACAAUAACACAAGCUGUGAUUUUUUGUAAUACUAAACGUAAAGUUAAUUGGUUAACAGAAAAAAUGCGUGAAGCUAAUUUUACUGUAUCAUCAAUGCAUGGUGAUAUGAAACAAGAAGAACGAGAUGCUAUUAUGAAAGAAUUUCGGGCUGGAGAUACACGUGUACUUAUUACAACUGAUGUUUGGGCACGAGGUAUUGAUGUUCAACAAGUUAGUCUUGUUAUUAAUUAUGAUCUACCUAAUUCACGUGAAUUAUAUAUUCAUCGUAUUGGUCGUUCAGGUCGAUUUGGACGUAAAGGUGUUGCUAUUAGUAAAAAAAAAAAAAAAAAAAAAAAAGUUUUGCGUGAUAUUGAACAAUAUUAUGCAACACAAAUUGAUGAAAUGCCAAUGAAUGUAGCUGAUCUCAUUUAA